UCCCCUCUACCCGAGAAGAAUUUAGUCCAGUCCGCUGAUUUGUGACAAGACUCAGAACAAGCAAGCCCGUGUCCUGUUUCGCUUGAUGUGUAUUCGUAUUGCCGAAAGUUUAUUCGUAUUUCCGAUAUUUUUUACAGUAAACAAUCCUGUUUGUUGUUCAAGUGAGCAGGACGUGAAACAAAAUUUCUGCACGAAUUGUGCAAGAAAAUUGUGAAAGACAAUUGUGCAAGAAAUGGCAGAGGGAAGCUCAUUAGCCAUACAGAGUUGUGACAGUGUGGAGGAUUCGGCAGAGAUUCUGGCACGACUUGUCACAGACGUCCAGAAACUUCUGCGACGGUUGAGCCUAGAGUCCAACGACCUGUUUAACUGCCAUCUCUCCAAGACAGAGACCAUCGACAGCAGCAAGUUGAAAACUUUGUUCAGAGACGCUUCGAACCUGCUACAGAAGAUGGAGAGCCGGGUCUUUGAGCACGUAGGGGCGCACGCUGCCGUCACUGCCAGAGUGCCCCAGGGACGCCAAACAUCCACAGAAAAAGACAGCGGGAUUAUCUCCCUUGAUGGUACUGACAUAAACAGAAUUAGUGAAUGCGAUCAGAUGCGACCUUCACCUUUGAACGAGCUACAGCAGCAGAGCCAGACGAAACCCAAGACGGCACUAGACGAGCUCAGGAACAUCCUCUCCAUGGAGGACGAGGCGCCGGAGGAGGCGCCCGUGGAGGGGGCUGAGAAAAGCUAGAGCGUUUCCAAGGAAACCUAGCCAGACUCAACGGGAAAAUGCAAUUUUGUUGCAACUGUAUCCAGCCUGGAAUGUUAUUUUUUAAAGGAUUUUUGGAGUUUUAUAUGGACUGGAAGUGAUAACGUUUUAUCGAGAUGGAUUGUACGCAAAUAUGGACUGAAAGGAAUUUAUUUAUAAAACUGGAAUAAAAAGAUGUUUUACAAAGUGCUUGGACACUUUUUACCUAAAACAUUUCAAUACGUCAGGAUGAAGAUUUCAUUGUUAGUGAACUCAUUUAUUCUGUAGUGUCAGCAUUAUAUUUUAGUAUUACACGUAUCAAAGAUAAUUGGAGUAUGUGUCAUUAUGUUUAUGGAUUGGACUGGAUUUUAUACCUAACGGAGACGACUGCUAUGUUGAUAUUUUCAAGGAGGUUUCUCUUACUUUUCAAAAACUGUUAUAGCGUGUGUUUUUAUGAAUUUACACAGAACUAAUUAAUAAUGGGAUGUAACUCCGAAGGUGUUAGGUAAUUUUUCACUUGUAAAAAUUCGAGUUAAGCUUAAAUGUGAUGUUUAUUAAAAAAACAUUUUUUUGGCUGUAAAAUGAUUUUGCUUGAUAUAAAUAUCUGACCCUAAUGUCAGCAGCUAUACUGGGGUCAAAGACCCCCCCCCCUUUAACUUUUCUGGGGUAACGAGCUUCUAGAAGCAAGUUGCGAGAGAGUGCUAAACACUUUCUGUGGUGGCCCCAUGUGUAUGGGCACUAAAGGGAAAUGAUUAUGAGAUAACGAGAUAACGUAUGUACAUAAUCCAUAAUCCACAGAAAAAGGUGUUUGUCAUUGAAUCAAAGAGUGAUGAAACAAUUACUUAAGUGAACAUGGCUAAAUCUGCUGAAAUAUUUGUAUGAUUGUCAAUUAAAACGCGAUUUUUUUCAAAUUCUAUAAUCAUUUGACCAGAUUACUAUGAUAAAUGUUGAUAUGGGGUAUUUAUAAACUUUUAAUGUAGUUUUAUUACUUUAAAUAUUAGUCAUUAAUUUAGCUGGGGUUGAUUUGUUUAGUUUAGAUUUCAUAACCACUAUAUAGUAUAACAGUGUUUAACAUCUGAUCACAAAUAAUAUAUUUAUAUUUAUGUAUAUAUUAUGCUGUCACUGUUUAUUUCAGAGAUUUUUUACUCCUGGGGUGUGUAUGGAGAGGGGGUGGCGAUUCAAACAUUCAAGAGGGGGGUGGAUUCUGCUUGAAGUAUAUUUUUAAAUAAAAUUUAAAGUUAUGUUCUAUUUCGUUUGUGGUGUGUGAGUGGAUGAAGGGGGGGUCGGGGGGACUUCCUUCAGUUUGCAGUGCCCCCCACAACCCCAACAUGGAGAUGCCUGAAAGAAACUCUUAUGGCGUUUUUUUUUUAUCUCUUGAGGUAAUUUGUCAGCAUUAAAUAUUUCCGAUUUUUAAGACUUGAAUGUUGAACUAGACCCGGAUGUUUUUUUCACCUGCAAUAUUUCAACAGUUAUGGCUCUUCGCUCUCUUGUAAUGUAACGAUUUCCCGAAACUUUAAAUAGUCGCACACAAAACAAAAGCACUGCUAAUACUUGUACAGGCAUAAGUUAGUUAAAAAAUGAAAUUUUUGCUAUUCGUCUUAGCUAACUAUUGCUAUUUUUGUACGUCGAGUAUCCCGAUUAAGUUUGCCACCUCAUUUCCUGAUAGUGUUUUGAAGUCCCAAUAAGGUAACAUAUCAGAAGUGCGGGAGGGGUGAGUUCAAAGGGUUAGUGACCCCGAACUAAAAAUUCUACAAAACUAGGAAUUUAGAAUGGCUCCACGCGUUAAUACAGUUUAAAGAUGAAGGGAGUAUUACAGGUACCAAUAUUGUUUAGAGAGGAAGUGAAUAGUGCAGGUAAAACGUUUGCUGAAUUAAAAACCUUCGAGGGGGUUGUAGGAUUAGGAUAGAUUCAAUUUGAAGUAUGUUUUUUUUUUAUAAGUAGGAUUAAUGACUGGCUAAUUUUUGCUCAAUUUGAAGAAAGAUUAAGUUAAGAAAAGUGGCUGUCUACUAUUGCUAAUUUAAUAGGUGGAAUCUGUUAACUAUUUUAAUUAUUUGUUGAACUUACCAGCUCCGUGAAAUUAAUUGUGUUUGUAAUUCUAGAAAACAAACAUAAUAUAGUCUGACAGGUUUGUGUUUGUAAGUCUAGAAACACACCACUGUCAAAAAAAAACCAGCUGAUACUAUGUGAGAUCAAUCGAUGUUUAAUCGAUGUUUAGUUCCCCUCCAUUGCAUUCCAUACGCUAAAAAAAUCAUUGUAUAUAUUUCUCUUGAAAAAUGUUUAUUAGAGUUUUUUCAAUGUAAAUAAUGCAUCUGUGUACUUUACAGUUCAAAAUAUUAUUUAAGCUCAAUGUAAUUUGGGGCAUAUUUUAGAUGCGCACAAUAUAUUUCAAUCUAUGUAAUCUUAGCGGUUAUAUAUGUUAAAAACAUAUUAUGCUGAUACUGAUCCGCAUACGUAAAGAUUACUAUUUGAAACGUGAAAGAUGACUUUGUUUUAAUUAUUAAAUGAAAAUAC